AUGAGACUCAUACCACUUUUCGUGGCCCUCAAUGCGGUCUUCCUUCCCGCGAUACUAGCAGCGCCCACUGCUUCGCCCGAGGAUGCCCCAGAGGGCGAUGCCCCAGCUGCGCCCGAACAGGAGGAGCCACCACCACCAGUUGAUACUAAAUAUUUCCAUGAGCCAGGGGGAACGGAUGAUCUGGGGCAUUACGAUAUUCGAUAUUACACCGGCGAGCCGGUAUCCUACGAAGUCCGAGGCGACACACUCCUCUAUCUCAUCCGCUCGUACUUGACUGUCUUCCGGGAGAAUAAUGUGAAUACAUGGAUCGCGCACGGCACCUUGCUAGGCUGGUGGUGGAACGGGAAGGUCAUGCCUUGGGAUUGGGAUCUGGACACGCAGGUUUCGGGAUCGACGCUUACAUGGCUGGGCCAAAAUAUGAAUAUGACCUUCCACAACUACACGGUGCUCAACGAGGAUGGGACUGAAGAGGUACGACAAUAUUUGCUUGACGUAAAUCCGAAUGCUGUCGAACGAGUCCGAGGUAACGGCCAUAAUGUUAUCGAUGCGCGGUGGAUUGACGUCCGGAAUGGAUUGUUCAUCGAUAUUACUGGGCUUUCGGAGACGAAUCCCAGUCUGCACCCUGGAAUAUGGAGUUGCAAAAAUUACCACAAAUAUCGAACGAGGGACCUGUAUCCGCUGCGCGAGACGAUGUUUGAGGGCGUUGCCGCGCAGGUGCCAUAUUCCUUCGAUAGGAUCCUUAUGGAGGAAUACUCACCACAGGCGUUGACCAAGACUAAGCAUUUGGGGCACAUCUGGGACCCCCAGCUGAAAGAAUGGAUUAAGGAAGAAGAAAGUGCCUCCCCGAAGGCCGCUCGGGCACAUAUCCCCCGCAGUCUCCAAGGGGAUGUAAUGGCGAAAACUGGAUUGGGAAAUCUUCUCCGAGCUUUGGGAUAA